AAAUUCAGAAAAUCAAAAGGGGCAAAUACCUUUCAAAUAAAUAUAAUUGAAUACGUUUUAUACGUUCAGUGUGUUUUUAAUCCAAGCAAAAAAAAUAUAAAAUUCAAGUAAAAACAGACAAUAUUUAUAAUUCUGGGUUGAGAAGUGAACAAAAGAGAGUUAUAAUAUUACCACGGUUUGCAGUUUAUUAAUUGUUGAUAGAGGCGACAGACCGAAAUGGGUAAGGAUUUUUACAAAAUUCUUGGCAUAAACAAAAAUGCCUCAGACGAUGAGAUUAAGAAGGCCUACCGCAAGUUGGCGCUAAAGUAUCAUCCGGACAAAAACAAGAGCCCUCAGGCUGAGGAGCGUUUUAAGGAAAUCGCAGAGGCGUAUGAAGUGCUGUCGGACAAGAAAAAACGCGACAUCUACGAUCAACAUGGCGAGGAAGGAUUAAAGGGUGGAGCGCCUGGUGGACCAGAUGGUGGUGUACCUAAUGGAUACUCCUACCAAUUCCAUGGGGAUCCACGUGCCACAUUCGCACAGUUCUUUGGCUCCGCCGAUCCAUUUGGCAUAUUCUUUGGUGGCGGCGACAAUGUGUUCGGUGGUGGUGGCGGCGGUGGUCAAGAGCAAGUGUUUAUGAACAUAGGUGGCGAAGAUAUGUUUGGAGGCGCUGGUUUUGCAAAUCCAAUGGGUGGCGCUUUCCGUUCGCAGUCGUUCAAUGCGCAGCAACCAAGCCGUAAGCGUCAGCAGCAGGAUCCGCCCAUUGAGCAUGAUCUUUAUGUGUCACUGGAGGAAGUCGAUAGAGGCUGUACGAAGAAGAUGAAAAUCUCGCGCAUGUCUAUGGCCACUGGCACGCCACGGAAGGAAGAAAAAGUACUUAGCAUCACAGUAAAGCCAGGCUGGAAGGCAGGCACAAAGAUUACGUUUCCCAAGGAGGGUGACCAAGCACCAAACAAGGUGCCAGCAGACAUAAUUUUUAUUAUACGCGACAAGCCGCACCCGCAGUUCAAACGUGAGGGAAGCGAUUUACGCUACAGUGCCCAGGUUAGCCUGAAACAGGCCCUCUGUGGAACAACCGUUUCAGUUCCAACGCUGCAUGGUGAGCGUAUUUCUGUGAAUACACAGGGCGAAGUUAUCAAACCUACAACAGUAAAGCGUCUAAAUGGGCGAGGAUUACCCUUCCCGAAAGAGCCGUCACGUCGCGGUGAUCUGAUAGUUGCAUUCGACAUAAAGUUCCCUGACACGGUGCCACCCAGCUUGCGAAAUCAAUUGACGGAGUUGCUUCCAAACUAAAUAAGAUGGGGGCAAUCGGGAAUCUUAGGAUCACAGUUAGUUAAGCUAUAUCCCUUUAAAAAGAAAACUAUUUUAUUUGGCAAUAAUUUAAGAAAAUGUUAAUUUAGUUAUAUUAUACGUAUAGAACACUAAGCUUA